CCCAGCCCCUGGCCAAUCGCUGCUGGGAAAGAUCAAGUGUCACUAUAACAUGAGGGCAUAAGGCCGUGUGUGCACUGCCUGAGACGGUCCUGUCCACAGGGAGCUCCAGCCCUUCCUCCAGACUCGGCCACAGAAACAACCCACCACCAUGUCUGACGAGGAAGUUGAACAGGUGGAGGAACAGUGCGAGGAGGAAGAAGAAGCCCAGGAAGAAGAAGUCCAUGAGGAAGCUCCUGAACCAGAGGAGGUCCAAGAAGCCUCGCCGGCUUUUCUCUUGCAUGUAUGCUUAUGCCCAGAAGAAGCUGCAGAGGAAGAACGGGAGGAAGAGGAAGAGGAGAAGCCAAGACCCAAACUCACUGCGCCUAAGAUCCCAGAAGGGGAGAAAGUAGACUUCGAUGACAUCCAGAAGAAGCGCCAGAACAAGGACCUCAUGGAGCUACAGGCUCUCAUCGACAGCCACUUUGAGGCUCGGAAGAAAGAGGAAGAGGAGCUGAUUGCGCUCAAGGAGAGAAUCGAGAAGCGCCGAGCAGAGAGAGCUGAACAGCAGAGGAUCCGGGCGGAGAAGGAGCGGGAGCGCCAGAACAGACUGGCGGAGGAGAAAGCCCGGCGGGAGGAGGAAGAUGCUAAGAGGAGAGCUGAGGACGACCUCAAGAAGAAGAAGGCUCUGUCCUCCAUGGGUGCAACCUACAGCAGCUACCUGGCCAAGGCCGACCAGAAGAGAGGCAAGAAGCAGACAGCCCGGGAGAUGAAGAAGAAGAUUCUGGCUGAGAGGCGCAAGCCACUCAACAUCGACCAUCUCAGUGAAGACAAGCUGAGGGACAAGGCCAAGGAGCUGUGGGACACCCUGUACCAACUGGAGACCGAGAAGUUUGAGUUUGGGGAGAAGCUGAAACGCCAGAAAUACGACAUCAUGAACAUCCGGGCCAGAGUGGAGAUGCUGGCCAAGUUCAGCAAGAAGGCUGGGGCCGGGGCCAAGGGCAAAGUCGGCGGGCGCUGGAAGUAAAGCAGCUGGAAAGGCCCCCCGAGGCAGAGACCCUGGGCACGUGCAGCCCACAUGCUGGUGUCUGGCCCCCAGGCCUGGGGGCAGAGGGCCCACUCCAGAGAACCCCUCACAUCUCUGUCCUCAAUGUCCCUACCCCCUGGGGUCUGUGAAUAAAGCUAUAAGACUCCCCUCUA